CCCGCCGCCCAGGCCUACCGGCCCAACCGCUUCGUCUCGCUGCCGGCCGAGCUCGACCCCGAAACCUACGACUCGUCGCCGGAGAAGCGCCGUGCCGAAGCCGAGCGCUUGGCUAUCCGCGCCCGGCUCAAGCGGCAGUACCAGCUGCAGCUCAACAACCCCAACCCGCCCGCCAUCAUCGAAGACCCUGCCUUGCUGCGCUGGGCCUAUGCUAGGACACAGAACGUCUACCCGACCUUCCGCCCGACCCCCAAGACGUCUUUUCUGGGAGCUCUUGUUGGGAUAGGCCCUAUCCUCUUCUGGGCUUUUAUCUUCAAAGCUGACAGGGAUCGUAAAGAGAAGCUUAUCCAAGAAGGUAAAUACAAGCGACCGUUCAGUGUAUUUUAAGUUCCUGGAAUUGCAGUGCUCUUCAUGGGAUAUAAAUAAAUAUAAAUAAAAUAAGAUUUAUUGGA